AUGGUUGAAAUUGCUAAUGCUCACAACGACUUGAUCCACGAUGCAGUACUGGACUACUAUGGCAAGAAGUUAGCAACAUGUUCAUCUGAUAAAACUAUCAAGAUAUUUGAAGUGGAAGGUGAAUCGCAUAAAUUAGUCGAUACCUUGGUUGGUCAUGAGGGACCAGUAUGGAGGGUCGAUUGGGCACACCCUAAGUUUGGUACUAUUUUAGCAUCAUGUUCAUAUGACGGUAAAGUUAUUAUAUGGAAGGAGGAGAAUGAUAGAUGGUCUCAGAUAGCCGUUCAUGCAGUUCACACGGCUUCGGUGAAUUCUGUACAAUGGGCCCCUCACGAAUAUGGAGCAUUGUUACUAGCGGCAUCAUCUGAUGGAAAAGUUUCUGUAGUUGAGUUCAAAGAAAAUGGUACAGCAACUCCUCUUAUUUUUGAUGCACAUGCUAUUGGUGUAAAUGCUGCAUCAUGGGCACCUGCCACUGUUGAAGGGGGGAACAAUCCUGGUGAAGCACCAAAGGAAGUGCGCCGCUUUGUAACAGGUGGUGCUGAUAACCUUGUUAAGAUAUGGAGAUAUAAUCCCGAAACGCAGUCAUAUUUGGUCGAAGAUACCCUAGAGGGUCACUCAGAUUGGGUUAGGGAUGUGGCAUGGUCACCAUCUGUAUUGCUGCGUUCUUACAUUGCAAGUGUUUCUCAGGAUCGGACUUGUAAUAUUUGGACUCAAGAAGAUAAUACAGGACCAUGGGUAAAGACGCAAUUGACUCCAGAAGAAUUUCCAGACGUAUUAUGGAGAGCAAGUUGGUCUCUAUCGGGGAACAUAUUAGCAAUUUCCGGUGGUGAUAACAAGGUAACACUAUGGAAAGAAAAUCUGAACGGAAAAUGGGAAUCAGCCGGAGAAGUCAAUCAAUAA